UCAAAGUAACAGUAUUAGCUGAUGCUCUGCACACAGAACAGAACAGCGCUUUGUCCCCAGGGAAAGAAGCUAUUUCAGACUUAACUAAGGAAUCAGCUAACAUGUUUCAACAAACCCUACUGUUUCUCUGUUUAUUUUAAAGAUAUCACUGUGAUUUUGUUUCAUUUGCAGCUGGAGACUAAAUGACACCAAGCAGAAUCUGCUGUUAGGUUAGAUUACAAGAAUACUUUGAGACACACAAAAACAUGCAGGCUACAUCACUAGUCUAUUAUUUCCUGCUUGUGUCUCUGUGCAUUGACUUUUCUCAAAAUGAAACUAGUGCACUUCUCAGGAGGCAAAGGAGAAGAAUGCACCACAGAGGACUGCGAAGGAGCUCCUCCGCUGAGCACAAGGCCCCGAGACAGGCAAGGAUGAAGUUUCCAGAUCCGGUUGCUGUAGUGCCCAGCAUACCUCUCAUUAACAUUGAUGAUGGUGUUAUGGGAGUAUUUGACUCUCUCAUAGGUUUGGGUGGACAUGAACCUAGUUACAGUGUCUUGCCAGGAAAGACAGGGCACUGCACAGCUAACGGAAUGAUUAUGUAUGAUAAAGCCGUCUGGUCUCCCAAGCCCUGCAUUACCUGCCUCUGUUCAAAAGGAGAAGUGAUAUGUGAUACCACCAUGUGCCCUCCUUUGAGAUGUCCCAAAACAAUUAUACCUGCAGGAGAAUGCUGCCCAGUUUGUUCUGAUACUGCCUCCUCUUUGGAUUCAAGUAUUAUUUCACUGGAUGACAUAAGUGAGUUUUCUGGUGAUUCUCCAGAACCCAAUAACCUUGACAACACCAGUGUAUCAUCAUCAGCACAUACUCAAACUGAAAAAGAUGAACUGCUGAGAACAGAAGUGAUAGAGGUUGAAGAGAAAGAGGGUCAUAAAAAGGAUGGAAAGAAAAGAAGACGGAAAGGCAAAAAAAAUCGUCAGAAGUAUAGAGCCUAUCACAGAGAAAAGAAGCCUAUCAGAAGAAAGGGAGAUGCAAAAGAAGACAUACAAGAUGAAAGUGAUGAAGAUGAUGGUACCUUCAGAAUGCCAUCUCAUUUCCCAAUUCCGGUUCCACCCAUAGAAGCUCCUCCUUUGCCAUCUGGAUGUUCAACCUCAGACACCACAGUAAGCUGUAUUAAUGCCAAACUUAAACAAAUACCACCGAUCUCAGAUCCAGAUCUAACAAGUCUAGACCUUACAGGAAAUAGUAUCACUACUAUCUCAGAUGAAGCAUUCAACGGGAUACCUAAUUUGGAAUGGAUUGAUCUCGGUAAAAACAAUAUUACCUCUCCCGGCAUAGGUCCACGAGCAUUCAAAAUCCUGAAAAAGCUAAAACGUUUGUAUUUGGAUGGAAAUAUGCUGGUACAUAUUCCAUCUGAAUUGCCAUCAACUUUGGAGGAAAUAAAAAUAAAUGACAACCACCUUCAUGCCAUUGAUGAGGACGGUUUAAAAGAUUUAAAGAACUUGAUCACCCUGGAAUUGGAAGGAAAUAAACUUAGUGAAGCAAACGUCAGUCCUUUGGCCUUUUCUCCUUUGAAAAGUCUCUCUUACUUGCGACUAGGAAGAAAUGAAUUCAGAAUUAUCCCACAAGGUCUUCCCACGACUCUUGAGGAGCUAUACCUUGAAAAUAAUCAAAUUGAAGAAGUGUCAGAAAUUUGCUUUAACCAUACAAGAAACAUAAAUGUCAUUGUGCUAAAGCACAACAAAUUAGAAGAGCACAGAAUAGCACCUUUGGCUUGGAUAAACCAAGAGAACUUGGAAUCAAUUGAUCUGUCUUAUAACAAGUUAUAUCAUGUUCCCUCCUAUCUGCCAAAAUCUUUACUACAUCUGAUACUUGUAGGAAAUCAGAUUGAAAGAAUUCCAGGAUAUGUCUUUGGUCACAUGAAGCCAGGGCUGGAGUAUCUCUACCUGUCCUUUAACAAACUUACUGAUGAUGGAAUAGAUCCAGUAUCAUUUUUUGGAGCAUACCACACUCUGAGAGAGUUGUUUUUGGAUCACAACGAAUUGAAGUCUGUACCAUUUGGAAUUGAUGAAAUGAGAAAACUACGUUUUCUAAGACUGAACAAUAAUAAAAUAAGGACAGUCCCUCCAGAACGCAUCUGCAAGGCUCAUCUCAGUGAUGAUGAUGUUCAUGACAACAGUGAAGAGGAGGAGACUGAAGAUUCACAUUUGGAACAUGUUCAUCUUGAAAACAACUACAUCAAUACAAGACAGCUAUCACCACAUGCAUUUUCAUGCAUAAGAUCCUACUGCAGUGUGGUUCUUAAACCACAGAAGAGCAAAUAAACGCCCAAAUUUUGCAUUGCAACCUGUAUCUCUAGGAACUCUAUUCUCUGCUACUAUCAGGUCUGCUUACUUCUGGAUUUAAACCCUUCUUACUACUUAAAUAAGAUACAGUAUAUUAUAUACUGAAGCAAAGUAGUAAUGUAUUUCUUAAUGCUUAAUUAUAAAAACAUUACAUGUAAAAAUAGAAGCUCAAGUUUAUGUCAUAAAUGUUUAUUUCUAUUGAUAGAAAUUCUACUUAAACACAACAGGUCAAACCAUGCCCCAGAUACACCCUCUGCAAGAUCAGAUUUCAGAAAAGAAGGACGUAACUAAACCCUCCACUUGGUCCUGUCUUACUUGCUGAACAGAGUUCAAAACAUUUUAAAUGGUACCACCAGCUUUAAAAAUUAUACAAAUAAAAGUCCUUGAGCUAGGAACAUUCCAGCAAUGCAAGAAUCAAAUUGCUUAAAACAUACAUGGUACUGGAUUUUGUACCAAAUGUUCAGAGCAGUAGGUCCCAUUCAUUUGUACAAGGUUGCCCCCUUAGGGGAUUAAUUAGACUUUCUCAAAACUUUAAAAUAUUAAUUUAGUACUUAUUUGAAAGCAUCUAGAUAGUUUACGAUCACCCCUUCAUCGACAAUGUUGAUAAAGCAGUUUCAGUAAUGCAUUUGAUAUGAAUGUCUGCUUGUGUAUACAAUAGUGCUUGCAAACAGAUCCCUGCUUCCCAGGAAAGGAGUUUAGUCUCCUGAAGACAUUAUUUUACGUCUGAGUUCAAAGAAAUGAAGCAUUUUUAAUAUUCCAUUCCAGAUUUUAACGCUAUAUUCUAUAAAGUGGCCAAAACGUUGAUAAGAAGUAGUCAGUAUUUUUAAAGAACAAUUUCUACAGUCUGUUCUCUUAAGAGUGAGCUGGUCGUAGGAAAUGAUUACAGGUGACUGGCAGGCCACGCAGUUACUUUCACCUUUCUCCUGGGCUAUUCUGUGAGUCAUUAUACAAAAAUAUUCUGUUUUCUUCAAUACUACAGGUAGGCUGUUGUCUGAUUUCUUCUUCAGCAUGGAUGAGAACAAAGAACAAAAUGGCUUAAUACAGGGACUUUUUAAAGGCAUAUAAAAGCUGUAAGCAACUGCAUACCAUAAAACCAUCCAAGGAUGCACGUUACUACUGAACUGUAAUUUUACUGCCCUUGCUCUGGAAGUGCAGGUUUCACGACACAUUUCCCACACAUCCCAAUCUACUGCCAACAGACAGGUCAUAGAAUCAGCAUCAGCAUCAUGUUCACAUAGCAUUUAACAGCCAGGGAUUUCCAACCUUUUUUUUUUUUUUUUAGCAUGCUAUAGACAGCAUCUAUGAACAUUCUCAAGCUAUACAAUCACAGUAGAAGCAAAAUUACAUUGUUCUAUCUUAAGUUCUACCUUAUCAAGUAAACUCUUGCCUGCAAGACACAAUGGUACUUCAUCUCCAGUGAGUCAAAAUAUAAUGCAUUCCUUGUAAGAAACAAUCCUAAGAUACGCGGAUUUCUGUAAAAAGUUUCCUUUGGGCAUUUUGUUUGGAAAAGUACAGUCAGGUGUCAUACUUUAGUGAUUUGCUAAGGUCAGUAAAGAAUGGUGAAAUCCACAGGCUGAGUUUUUACAUACUCCGUUGACAUGAUUUGAUUUCAUUGCCUGUGCACUUUCAACAUAUGAUUCCUUCCUUCCGUUUCACUUUGGCUAAUGUUCUGGCUAACAUUCCUUUGUCUUUGUAAAACACCAUUAAGCUCCCAAGCUACUGUUUUGAGAGACUAAAAAGCCUAAAUUAUUAAAAUUAAUUAUUUUAGUCUAUUGCUAAAUAACUUCAGACCUACUUUGCAACACUGCUGAGCAGUGCUUUCAGAAACUUUACUAAGCAUUUUAGAUACACAGAUUGAUCCAAGGAGAGAGGGAAAACAAGCUGCUGUAUUACACCAUUUUAUGCAUUCUUAUAAUAAAUUUAAGCAAAAUGCCA